AUGUUGCCACCGCAUUCUCUUCUCCCAUCUAGGAUGCUUAUAAGGUCUUUGUUGGUGGCCGGGGUUACUAGCCACCCGUUGCUGCUUACUCCCGGGCUGUCCAUCCUGAACUUUCUAUCUAAACCGCGAGGCCCUCUCUUCAACAUGGAGAGAAACCGUAUCUUGCAUACUAUACUGAAAAACCUUCUGUAUAACCACUUCUGCGCAGGAGAAAACGCCCGUGAAGUGAAAGCUACGAUCCAAAACAUAAAGAAUAUGGGAUUCCGCGGCGUAAUCUUGACUUACGCCAAGGAAACCUCAGGGAAGUCUUCCAGCGAGAAGGAUUUGUCCAAUGAUGAGUCAAAAGGUGUUGACAGCGAGACUAUGGCUUGGCAUCAAGGCGUAUUACAAACUGUCAGGAUGAUCGGCGAUGGCGACUUUUUGGCAUUAAAAUUAACUGGAGCUGGGGAAGCGGUAACCACUGCUCUUUCUUCUGGAAAACCUCUUCCUGAACAGAUGGAGAGCGCUCUGCUCGAUGUCUGCGAUGAAGCAAUUAGUCGCCACGUAAAUGUGUUCUUAGAUGCAGAGCAGCACCAUGUUCAACCAGGCAUAGACGAAGUUGCUUUAAAUCUGAUGCGCCGUUAUAACCGAGGUGGCGUAGCUGUCGUAUUCAACACGUACCAAGGCUAUUUAAAGUCAACGCCACGAAUCCUUCUUGAUCAUUUACAUAAGGCGAGGGAAGAACAGUUCGUUAUCGGCAUUAAAUUGGUCCGCGGCGCAUAUAUGAGCACGGAGCCUCGUCAUCUCAUACAAGAUACAAAAGAAGGGACAGACAUAUCUUACGACAGUAUUGCCGAGGGCCUUAUUCAAGGGAAAUAUGCGGAUUGGACACAAGACGAGGCUUUCAACUCUCCGAAACUGGAGCUAUUUCUUGCAACUCAUAACCUCCCAAGUACUCUCAAGGCACAACAGCUGCAAAAAUCCCGAAUGCAUGCCCAAUUACCUCUCAUUCGAAUUCAAUAUGGCCAAUUACUAGGAAUGGCAGAUGAAGUAAGCUUGACACUUCUUCAGAUGAAUAGGGAAGACACGUCCGGCAAGCGAUUCGCGGCUACUGAAGUAUAUAAAUGUCUUACAUGGGGUACGCUGAAUGACUGCAUCUUUUACCUCUUACGACGCGCGAACGAGAAUAAAGACGCCGUGACGAGAACUUUGGCGGAAUACAGGGCCUUAAAACGAGAAGUGCUUAGGAGAAUGACGAACAUCUUCUCAUCAUAG